AUGGAGGUUAGCCAGCUCGCCUUCAAUCCCCGUUUGGCCGGAGCCAUUCCGAUCAGCAACAUUGGCUCUACCAGCCAUGGAGGGCCCUUCGAUUUGGCGCCAGGCUCACUAACAGUUGUCGUGAGCGAGGAGACCGAUUCAGCGACGUUAGGUCGAGUAAAACUAGGCCUGGCAGCCGCUAUGUUUUUUACCGUCCUUGUCGCCUGUUGUCUGCCAAUAUUGCUUCUUUUCUGUCUACAGCGCAAGACGACCCGACGCAAGGGAUUGGGCCACUCCAGACCAAGCGAGGCGCUCAGAGAAAAACCCAGCGACAGUGAAUCCAUCUCUGGACGAGCUGGGUUGCAAUGCGAUCUUUCUUUUGAUGUAUGGACCAAAGAAUAA